UCCGCGCACCCGAGCGUCGGCGCCCGCUGCUCGCGAGCCGGUCCGGGGCGGCCGGCGCGGGGCCCUGCAGGCUUGCGCUCUCCAUGCGGCCGCCCACCAUGUCUGGGCACUGUCUGCUCGCGCCCAUCCCCGAGUCUUCCUCCGACUACCUCCUGCCCAAGGACGUCAAGCUGGCCGUGCUGGGCGCCGGCCGCGUGGGCAAGAGCGCAAUGAUCGUGCGCUUCCUGACCAAGAGAUUCAUUGGCGAUUAUGAACCCAAUACAGGCAAGUUGUACUCACGGCUUGUCUACGUGGAGGGAGACCAGCUAUCCUUGCAGAUCCAGGACACGCCGGGUGGCAUCCAGGUCCAAGACAACCUCACCCAGGUAGUUGAUUCCCUGUCCAAAUGCGUGCAGUGGGCCGAGGGCUUUCUGCUGGUCUACUCCAUCACAGACUAUGACAGCUACCAGUCCAUCCGCCCCCUUUAUCAGCAUAUCCGCAAGGUCCACCCUGACUCCAGGGCCCCUGUGAUCAUCGUGGGCAACAAGGGGGACCUUCUGCAUGCCCGGCAGGUGCAAACACACGAUGGCAUUCAACUAGCCAACGAGCUGGGCAGCCUGUUCCUUGAAAUUUCCACCAGCGAAAACUAUGAGGACGUGUGUGAUGUGUUUCAACAUCUCUGUAAGGAAGUGAGCAAGCUACACAGCAUCAGUGGGGAGAGGAGGAGAGCCUCCAUCAUUCCCCGGCCACGCUCUCCCAACAUGCAAGACCUCAAGAGGCGCUUCAAGCAGGCUCUAUCUUCCAAAGUCAAGGCCCCCUCUGCAGUGGGGUAAACCCUUCUCACAUAGACUCGGCUCCUUUUCAUUGUGCAUUUGUGCAGCUGAAAAGACUGGGGAUCUCCCUUUUUAAUUGCACAUUCAAAGUUUAUUUUUAUACAAACUAUUGGUUUUCAAGUGUAUGUGUAUUUCUGAAAAUUCAGUGAUUGCCUAGAUGUUGGAUAGAGGGUUUUUUUUUUAAUAAAAUAAUUUUUUUUUAUUGUAACUGCUAGCCACUUUUCCAUUAAAGGCAAAAUGGCAACAUUG